AUGUGGACUUGUAUCGCUUCAUCAAAUGCCAAUCACGCUUUAUCGGAAACAAGAACCCCGGUUCGUGCACUCAGGAUCGCUGCUCCGGCAGCCAUAGCUAUUGUGACUGUACUUUAUAUGUUGGCGAAUAUAGUUUACUUCGCAGCUGUACCUCGUGAUCAAAUAUUGGGGAAUGUACGUAUCCUUUCUGCUUCAUCAUUCAGGAGUGUAAUGGGUAAAAAAGCAGAGAGAGCUCUGAGUGUCUUUGUGGUAUUAUCAGCCUCUGAUAAUUUCCAACAUUGGGUCGUUUCCAUGAUUAUCAUGCAUGCUCUGCCGCCUGGCGACGCUUACAAUCCGAUCCUGAAUAUUGUAUCAUAUCCUUUGGCAGUGGUGAACUGCUUCGUUGUUGGUGGUCUUGUUGGGCUAUACUUUCAUCGAAAGCAAUACUCGUGGAAUCCAGCCGUUGAAGCUAUUUUACCAGUGGCGAUCUUCUUCUUCUUAUCGAACGUUUAUCUCGUCAUUGCGCCCUUCAUUGCUCCCGAUUCUCCCGAUCAGAACGUCUACGAAAUAUAG